AUGGGAAUCACAGACCCAAAAACCUUCACCGUCACCAUAAUAGGCGGCGGCAUAGGAGGCCUAACCCUAGCAGCAGGCCUCCUCCGGCGCAAUGUCCGCGUGCAAAUCUACGAAGCCGCAUCUGCAUUUGCAGAAAUCGGCCUCGGCCUCUCAAUAGGACCUGCCGCACACCGCGCAAUGCCAUUGAUCGAUCCCCAGAUUCGGGCAAUCUACGACUCCCUCGUGACGACCCACGCGGAUAGUCCCGGCUACGAGUCUUUCAAAGACACCUGGUUCGAGGUGAUUUGGGCCGGUGGGGAGAAAGAGGGGGAUCUGUUGAUGGAUCUUAAGGCGUUGCCGUCUGGUCAGACGACGCUGAGACGGGCGGACUUUUUGGACGCGCUUGUUCGUUUGGUGCCGAGGGAGAUUGUGCAUUUUGGGAAGAGGUUAGAGAGUCUUGCUGAGGGUGGUGAUGGGGUGCUGUUGAAGUUUGACGAUGGGACGACGGUGAGUGCCGAUGUCGUGAUCGGGUGUGAUGGGAUCCGGUCGAAGGUGAAGGAGUCUAUGCUUCCGGAAGAGUCGAAGCGUACCCAGCCUAGGUAUAGUGGUAUGUAUGGGUAUCGCGCCGUGUUGGAUAUGAAGGAUAUGGUUGAUGCUGUCGGGGAUCAGCGGGCGAGGGUGUCGACGAUGUAUAUUGGGGAAGGUGCUUAUGGGAUUUCAUAUCCCAUUAUGCGGGCGCAGAAGGUGAAUGUCGGGGUUUAUAUUUUGAGUGAGAAGUGGGAUUGUGAUACAUGGGUGAGAAAGGCGAACAGGGAGGAUAUGGUCCGUGAUACGGAGAAUAUGGGGCGAUAUGUCAAGUCGCUUGUUGAACGCAUGCCGGACCCUUCGCAGUGGGCAAUUUUCGAACAUCCCCAUAUCUCUACUUUUGCUCAGUCGCGUGUCUCCAUCCUCGGCGAUGCAGCUCAUGCUUCUACGCCGCAUCAAGGUGCCGGUGCCGGGCAAGCUAUCGAAGAUGCGCAUGUUCUUUCAGAGCUUCUUGGCGACAGUCGCGUCAAGUCCGCAGAAGAUGUCGUGGCCGCUUUUAAGGCUUAUGAUGAAACUCGCCGACCUCGCAGUCAAAGAGUCGUCACUAGUAGCAAGGAGAAUGCGUAUCUCCUCUGUUUGUGUAUGGAUGGUGUAGGAGAUGAUGAGGCAAAGCUCAGGGAUACUUUCCAGCAACGUCUACAUUGGCUUUGGGAUUUGGAUGUGCAAGGUCAAGUGGAGCAAGCGAGGGUAAAGAUGGCUGCUUAUAUGGAGUCCUGA